GAUUACUUUUCAGGUCGCGCGUUCAUUGACACCGCAUGCAAGACGCAGACGGCGUCUUAUGCCACACGCACGGGUGUGUCAGAGUUGUUUGCAGCAAGUUUGUCAAGAUUACUUAGUCAUGAACUUGGUCAUAACUUCGGAAGUCCACACGACGGAUCAGCAUCGUGUCCAGAAGGGAAAUACAUAAUGUCACCAUAUUUCGUGACGCCAUCAGAUACAGCGCCAGAUUUCAACAAAUUUUCCUCCUGUUCGGCGGCCUCUAUUGCGUCUUAUCUAUCAAGCAUACCUUCCUCCGAGUUUGAAGAGUGCCUGUAUAAUAAUAAACCGAACAACACAGAAUUUAUGGAAAAUUUCUGUCAAGGGACCACAGGCUCCAACUACAAUCUAACAGCCCAAUGCAAGACACACUUUGGAGACAGCGCAUUCGUCUGUGCUAACGGGAUGCCCGGUAUCAGUGAUGGAUUUGUCCCUUUCGACGGGUGCCGCCUCGACUCUUCUGACGUCCAGCCCUUACUACGAUGUAGUGAUGGAGGCAGCUGUUCAACGACGAAUAACGUAUACACAAUCUGGCCAGGAACACCGUGUCUUAACCAAAACGAAACUCAAGGAAACCGGGUUUGUUUCGAUGGAGUAUGUUCGGACCCUGUAGAUUUUUGCUGAUCACUGUCCUCUCAGAUUUAACGAUGCCCACAACCGAAUCACCGACAAGACGACCACUAUUUUAAGACAUUUUAGAAACUAUAUUGUUGCAAGUUCAGAAACGUUUUUAAUGAAAGGCAUACACAUAUGUAUGGUGGAAUGUCAGUCAUGAUUUAGGAAAGAGAAGCAAUAAAAUGUUCCCUCAGCAUU